CUCUGUAAUGUUGGGCCUUUGCUCUUGAUAUGGGUUCGGCCUAGUCCGAAGUCCAAGUCCAGCCUCCUCCUCGUGUUCGAAGCUGGAAAUGUGUGAAGCAUGAAUCCUCAAUCCAGGGUCGAAGUGAAACUGAAACCCAGAAGGUUGGGAAGCAAAUAUAGCGAGCGAACGCAUCACCAUUCACAGGUCUAAGAUUUCAACGUUGGCGUUCGGCUGAAAGGGAAAAGAAGCUUGCUUAAUCAGUUAAACAUUGUUGCAUUAGAAAGUUUUUUUUCCCCCAGACUAGGGUUUUUGUUCAAAGAGGAUGGAAGAAGAAGAAGAAAUACGAAGUCUGGCAAGCUUCCUAAGAUGGGCAGGAGAGCUUGGAAUAUCAGACGUAGUAAUCACGGAUCAGCCUCAACAUUCUCUUUCCUGCCUGGGUUAUUCUCUCCGUGUCUCUCAUUUUCCUCAUUCUGGCGGUAGAGGUUUGAGUGCUGUACGGGAUCUUAGGAGGGGAGAACUGAUCCUCAGAGUUCCAAAAUCUGCGUUAAUGACAUCAGAGAAUGUCAUGGACGAUAAGAAACUCUCCAUUGCUGUUAAUAACCACCCUUAUCUCUCAUCCGCCCAGAUAUUGACCGUUUGCUUAUUAUAUGAAACGGGCAAAGGAAAAUCUUCAAAGUGGCAUCCUUACCUCAUGCAUUUGCCGCGUGCUUAUGACAUACUAGCUACAUUUGGUGAAUUUGAGAAACAAGCUCUUCAAGUGGAUGAGGCUCGGUGGGUCGCAGAAAAGGCUAUAUUAAAGGCCAAAUCAGAGUGGAAAGAAGCCAAUGCUUUAAUGGAAGAAAUCAAACUCAAGUCCCAACUUUUAACGUUCAAUGCAUGGCUUUGGGCUACUGCAACGAUAUCCUCCCGGACGUUGCAUGUAUCAUGGGAUGAAGCUGGGUGUUUAUGCCCUGUCGGUGACUUGUUUAAUUAUGACGCACCUGGAAGGGAGCCAUCUGAUCCGGAAGAUAAGGAGAUUCUAGUAUCCAACUCUUCCUUCCAUGUCUCUCCUGACUCAAAUGUAGACAAUACAGUAGUAAUGUUAGAUGCAGAAGAGCUCGAUUCUCAUUUCCAGAGGCUAACAGAUGGUGGGUUUGAGGAAGAUUUGAAUUCAUAUUGCUUUUAUGCUAGGGAAAAUUACAAGCAAGGAGAGCAGGUUUUAUUGUGCUACGGACUGUACACAAAUUUAGAGCUUCUUGAACACUACGGGUUUCUCCUACAAGAAAAUCCAAACGACAAAAUCUUUAUUCCUCUUGAAUCUGCUGUAUACUCUUCCAGUUCAUGGCCGAAAGAGUCGCUCUAUGUUGGCCAUGAUGGGAAGCCUUCCUUCGCAUUACUGUCUGCAUUGAGGUUGUGGGCAACCCCCAAAAAUAAGCGUAAGUCUGUUGGCCAUCUCGUGUAUUCCGGUUCUCAGUUAUCUGUAGACAAUGAAAUUGUUGUCAUGAAAUGGCUGUCAAAGACUUGCGAUUCUGCGUUGAAGAGUUUACCGACAUUGACUGAUGAAGACGCAAUACUCCUGAAUGCAAUGGAUAAUAUUCAAGAUUUUUGUGGUUUCAUGGAAAUCACCAAAAUGUUGUCUUCUCGGGAUGAGAUUUGUGCCUUUUUGGAAGCUAAUAAUGUGCAGGAUGGCCAUGGUUUAACAGACAUGCUUGUAUCGAGAAAAGCUAGAAGGUCCAUGGCCAAGUGGAAAUUGGCUGUUCUAUGGCGGCUCAAGUAUAAGAAAGCCCUUGGGAACUGUAUCUCUUAUUGCAAUGAAAUACUUGAGUCUCUCCAGACAUAUAAUGCUGAAAUGAAAAAGAUUGAACGAAGUGUAGCCUAAGGUUCAUCUUUUGCAUAAAAAAAGAUCAAAAGAAAGGCAUGGCAAAUGUUAUCUAUUCAUUAGAGACGAUGCAUGUAACUAUAGAAGUUAGUGAAACUCUCACCGAUGGAAAAUUUUUUGGGCAGAUCAAUGGGCGUUUCAAAGAUGUGAUCUGUUGACAAA